AUGGAUUCAUCAAAUGAGUCCAAGGUCGCGGAAGGCGCGACCAACGACCACGCAAUUACCCGAUUACUACGAUUUCUUUCUGCGGCUUCAAACGAGCAACUUGUAUUGAUAGCCCUUGCCUUAGCAUUCACCAUAUACAUAAUAAUAGAUGGACUUUUCAUUCUCCUCCUAGGAGCUUUAGGCGGUGUCAUUUUACAUACGGUAUGGACAGACAAAAGUGUUACGCCUGUAGUAGAUUUGUAUGUCAAGCCAGAUAACGUUCAAGUGGAAUUGGUCGAGAGCACAGGGAACAACUUUGAGAAAUUCAGACCUAAGACUGCCAUUGCCCUGAACGAAUUAGUCGAUGCCAUUGUUCGAGACUAUGUCAAGCAUUGGUACAACCCUAUACUCCCUAGCGAUGAAACCUUCCUCAUUGCUACGAGAUUGUCCCUUACGAGGUUCAUUCUAUCCAUGUCUCAGCGUCUCUCAAGAAAGCGACCUGCCGACACUUUGCUCAAUUUCCUUACCAAUUCUUCAUCCAUUGCUAUUGUCGUUCUCAAUGAGUUGGCAAAUGCAACCUCCGGAACCCAGGGAACCAUCGGGCCUGUCGAAGAGAUGGUAACUAAUUAUUUGACUGCAAAUCAAGAUUGCAAUUUGGCCAACAUUAUGAACGAAAAACAACAGAGGAAGCAAUUCCAAUUAGCCGCAGAUGAUAUUCUGCAAAAUUUCUUGGAAAAGUCGCUUUAUGAUUCCGGACCGGUCAGGAUCUUUUUGAGAGAGAUAUUAGCUGGAGUCGUCCUAGAGAUGACACUAAAAAGUUGUUCCAAGCCAGAAUUUAUUAAUGGAUGGAUCGUAUACCUGCUGGAAGAUGGAGAACCCGGAUUGGGACAGGCUAUCGAUGAUGCCAUGGACCGUAGAAAUAUUCACGACCCAUUUUCCGACAUUGAUGGAAAUGUCGGUAAUGUUAGUCUUGCCAGAUCCUCCAAGAGUUUAAGGCAUCAAAGACGAAUAUCAGAUGAAGAGGCCACGAAUGAAGCGUUGGCAGAAACGCAGAGACUCAGCAUGUUGAUUGCUGAGGAGGAGGCAAAGAAACUUGCACAAAUUGAUAGUAUCAAGGACGAGGAGGACAAAGUCCUCGGUGAUAAAAAUAUCAAAGAAAAUAUACAACCGGAAUCGACCCUUGUAUCGCCAACAAAUGGCAUUCCACCUCACACACCAAUCACAAACUCAAGACCUUCAGUAUCUGGAUCUGAUUCGAAAGGCAGAUCUCCUGUAUCUCCCGAUUCGAAAAAUCAUAUGUCACCCAUCUCACCUAUAUCACCUACAACACCUGCAACACCACAAACUACUUCCUCCUUUACGAACUUUGACCAAAUUGUACCUCCAACACCUAUUGCUUUACAAUCAAAUCCAGCAUCACCUCAACGACAAAAAACAGUAUCUUUGACUCUACACAACGCAAACAUCAUUAUUUAUGAUGAUUCAGUCGCAUCCGACAAAGGAAAGAUCAAAAGUAAACCUACCAUGGAUUACAUGCUUCAAAUUGAACCAGAGUCAUCAAUCCAUCCUGGAUGGAUGAUAGUCCGAAGAUAUUCGGAUUUUGAAACACUGCAUGAAGUCCUCGGACGAAUUGCCAAAGUUUCGGGUGCUAGGGCAUUCAUUGAGCAACACCAAGAUUUGCCAAAGUGGAAAUCCAACACCAAACCAUUAUUACGCGGCGAAUUAGAGCGGUAUGUGAAAGAUGCUCUUGUUCACCAAGCACUUGCUGAAAGUGAGGGCAUGAAACGAUUCUUGGAAAAGGAUCAAGGAACCAUGCCAGCGCCAGUUACAAAAGCUGGCUUUGCCUGGCCUACAUCAUCUCUGGAGAAUAUGGGUAAAGGCAUGAUUGAUACGCUUAAAAAUGCACCAAAGGGAGCUGCUGCUGGUGUUACAGGUGUUUUCAGCAACAUCGGAUCACUUGCACAAAAAAGAUCUAGUCAAAGCAGCUUGCAAUCCCAAAAUCGUAUUUCAGCGCCAGCGCUGUCAAGAGUUGAUAGUACGACUUCAUCAAAUGGUUCUUUCUUUGAAACAAAAAGAGGUAGAUUGAGCGAGGAUAGUUCAAAAGCAGCUUCUGUCGUUUCACAUCCCGGAAAGACCGUAUCCCUUGGACGAAAGCUAAGCCGCGGAUCUAUUCCAGGAGCUGUGGAAGAAUCUGGUAUUAGAACCAGAGGAUCUUCUGUAAGUAGUCACAUGAGCGCUACAUACAGCCCACUGCACAGUCGAGAGCCUAGCCAAACUUCAUGGAUAAAACCUGAGGAUACGCCACUUUCAUCACCAACCACGAAAGAUUCCCAAGAAUUACGUUUGCCACCACCACCUACUGAGAUGCCCGAUGACUACACUUCACAAGCUGCAGUCGAAAAACCAUCUCAAGCUAUAGUGGAUAAUGAAAACACUGUUACGCCAGCACCAUCAAAUGAGAAGGAAAUCGAAGCUGUGUUGGACAAUAGCAGUACGCCUGCGCUGGUAAGUGAGAAGGAAACAAAAGCUGUAUUGGAAAAUUGCAGUUCGCCUGUUUCGUUAGGUGAGAAGAAAACAAAAGCUGUGUUGAACAAUAGCGGUACGCCUGCGCCACUAAAUGAAGAGGAAACCAAAGUAGCAAUUGAGCUUCUCUUCGCUGUCAUAACAGAGCUCUACACCCUCUCUUCGGCUUGGACCAUCCGACGCACGCUCCUAACUGCUGCAAAAUCCUUACUCCUUCGCCCGGGAAACCCUGCUUUAUCCUCUAUUCAGGCACUCAUACAAGAUUCUGUCAUUGCAGCUUAUACUUCGGAUGCUGGAAUUGCCUCUUCUGUUCGUAAACUUAGAGAGAAUGCCUUACCUACAGAAACCGAGCUGAAAACCUGGCCAGCAGAAAUGAGUGCAGAAGAUAAGGAGAAGUUGAGGGUUAAGGCGAGAAAGUUAUUAAUAGAGAGGGGUAUGCCGGUUGCUUUGACAGGUGUUAUGGGACAGGUUGCCACUGGUGAGGCUCUGGGGAAGUUGUUCGAUGCUUUACAAUGCGAAAAUGUGGCGCGGGGUUUGAUUUGCGGAAUGCUUCUUCGAGGUGUUAAAGCUAUUACUCAUUAA